GCUAAUUAGAAUUAAGUACAGAAUGAUGGUGGGAUGAUCAGCCUUGUAGCUGGAUUAUACACCAACCUUCGCCACGAGUAGAUAACCAUGCUGCCGCAGGUGGCGCUGCUGGAGGUGGCUGGGUGCCUGGGCACCCGGGACCGCGUGGCAAUGGGCCAGGUAUGCGCGGCGUGGCGGCACGCGCUGGGCGCGCCGUGCAACUGGCGCAGCGCGGACGUAGUGGUGAACGAGGACCUGCCGGGGGCCGUCGCGGGGGCCGUGGCCCGCCACUGCCGCCACGUGCGGUGCCUGCGGCUGGCGUGGCGCCGGCGCGACCCCGCCGGCUGGACCUGGGGCGGCCACGCCCGCGCCGCGGAGAGGUUCCUCGCCGCGCUGGCGGAGGGCGCCGCGCAGCUGCGCGAGCUGCACCUCGUCGACUGGGCGCACGGCUACAACUGGGGCAGCCGGCCCAGGAUCCUGCGUGCCGUCGCCGCGUUCCUCAGGAGCCAGGAGCAGCUGCAAGUGCUGAAGCUGUGCAACACCAACUUCUCCGUGAAAGACGCGGCCAGGCUGGUGCGCCGAGCGGGCGGCGCGCUGAGGCACCUCGGCCUGUGCCGGGCGUUCGGCCUCGCCAAGCUGCCGCCCGGCACCGCGGACUACCUCGGCCUGCUGCGGCAGCUGCACGGCCUGGCCGUGCUGGAGCUGGACUACUCGAGCGUGUCGGGCGCGGCGCUGGGGCUGCUUGCCGGGGGCUCCGGCCCGGGGCUGCGCGCGCUCCGGCUUGCCGUGGACCAGCGGGACGUGGCCCGCGCCGUGCCCGACGCCGUGUGGGGCCGCCUAGCGGCCGCCUGCCCCGCGCUGCGCGUCAGCAUCACCGUCGUUAAUAUCAGCAACCAUGAAGACCUCCUGGUGUUCCUUCUGCCGAGUAUUCCGCUGCAUAGCUUCAGCCUGUCUAGCGGAGCAGUUUGGAACCAAAACCGAAGCCGAAAAUUCAGACACACUCUGCGUCACAUUCUCAACUGCUACUGGAUGAGACUUGUCAGUCUUCACUUGAACCUCAGAAACAACAUGGAGGUGUUGGACGACCUUAUCCUGGAAGUGAUUGAGAGCUGUCCUCGGCUGCUCAACUUCAAAUUUGAAGGAAUCCUCUACGACUUACACACCAUCAAGGACAUAUGUGACCUGCACCUAUCCACCAGCACCAAUUUUCAAAAAAUUCAGGUGCAUGCAAAGAAGUGCUGUGAAGAUAACAAACUGCUCAUAGAGGAACUCAGAAAAGAAUACACACAUAAACUGUCAGAGAGGAACGUUUAUUUCAAGGUGGAAUAACCAGAGAGGAAAAAAAAAAAUUUCAAAAGUGAAAAUGUAAAAUCAUGUGUGUGUGAAUUCCCCCCCCCCCCCCUUUUUUUUUUCCCCUUAUUUUUUCCUGAUUGCCUUUAAAUAAAUGUUUUCUUGACAAUGAUGUACAUAAUUUUGUUUGUGUUUUAGGUCAUACAUGUCAAGCUUACAAUGGAAACUAGGUUAUAUAUACCUACAUAAAAAUCUAAAUGUUUACCAAAUUUGAGAGGAGGAGGGAAAUUAAAAGGCUUCAACCAUACAAAUUAAUUAAGAUAUUUACUAAUUUGAAGAAAAAGAAAAUGAGGGCUGGCAAAAAACUUAAGAUUUCAUCAGGAAAAAAAUGUGAGCAAGUCUUUCAGAACUUGCUAGAAAUGUGUACCAUAUAACCUCGCUAACAAGAAAAUUCAAGUGCGGUGUUCUUAUGUUGCAAAUAUACUUAUAAUAUGAAUUUCGAACACAAAAUGUAAUGUAGAAAUAUUUAAAAUAAUGCAGAGAGUGAUAAAUAUACAAAAUUUAAGUUUUCAACUACACUUCUUGACGCAAAUGAUGUAGUUUCCGCACCCACCUCUAGAAUUCAUUUGGCAAAGCAGCUGCGUCAACUAUUGAAUCAUUUGAAUUGCAGAGCGAAAGGUUAAACUAUAUGAUGAAACAGCUCCGAUAAAAGCGACACAUCAGUGUCGUUUAGGUAUACUUCACUAAAGCUUACAAUGUGCAAGUAUUCACAAAGGCAUCAUACUGCAAAGAUAAACCAUUGAUGAGUACCAGCAGUCUAUAAUGUAUUGAAACAAUACUGAACCCCACCUUUAGACCUGAUUUUCGACAAGGAAUUUUAUUAAAAUACUGCCCAUAUUGUUAAAAUUCCUUCAACAGUUAAAACUGUAAAGUUUCCACUUGACUUUGUGAACUAUGGUUCGCGCCAUCCUUCACAGAUGGCAGCACCGUGGUUACAAAUUUCCGUUCCAUGCGACUUCCGUUCCAUUCACAAAAUUACUUCUACCAAGUGUCGCGUACUGACCGAGAGCUAAGAUGUCACACUUCAAAAAUAUAUUUAUUCAUGGAUUUAUUAAAAAUGCUAGAAAUUGGGACAACGUUGCCAUUAAGCAUAAUGCUGGACCUCAGUAAAAACCAGAAGUACAUCUAUAUUCUUGGUUAAGCUGCAUUUAACGCAGUAAAGAAGCAACAUACACUAUGCAUCAACUUUAUGAUUACCUUGAAGGUAUUUCUAUGCUUAAACUAUUUUUAUUGGUUUAAAACUUUGGAAUGAAGUUGUGACUAUAUUUCACAUCAGUGUCAUUUAAGUAUUCUUCACUAAUGCCUACAAUGUGCCAGUAUUCACAAAGGCAUCACACUGCAAUGAUAAACCAGAGAUGACGUACAUGAGCAUUGAGCAGGUACUGAAGUUUAAUAAAAUUGUCAACUUUAUUUCUCGUGGGGAAAACGUUCUACAAAACUGCAAAUAAUUGGAAAAAUGUUUACAUAUUUAUGUGUUUUUAUGGUACCUAUUUAAAAAAAUUCUUAUCAUUUAAAAAAGACACCAUAUUUUAAUCUACAGUUUCUGCUUAAUUAGCUCCAACUAGUAUCAUACUUUUGUGUUUACUUUAGGUGGAAAUAAAUUUUAUGCGGUGUUUCAUUGGUGUACCUAUGUUGUUUUCAAUAUUUUCUGAAUGGCAGGAAGGUUGGCUAGGUUUGCUAUAUAGGGAGGGGUAAAAUUGAUAACCUUUAUUUUCACUAUCAAUUGUAAUUGAGCGAAAUUCAUAUACAACUGGGCUCAUUUCGAGUGCAUUUCAAUCCUGUAAUAUAUGUACUUUUUUAACCAAUUAAUGUCAUAGUGACGCCACUCCCGCUGCCUGUCUAAGUUUUUUAAGUACUUAUUAAUUUGAAAAGUGAUCUCAGGGAUAUUAACGGGGGUUCGGCCUCGUGGCUGCAGGCAGGAGCGUGUCGUAGUUCGAAACCUACCCGGGCUGUUCAGGCCACCCAGGACGCCUUAUAAAUAAAUGGUAAACUGAUUGACACGACACUGCACCAUUACACACACUGGUCCAAGUACUGGCCGCAUCUGCUGUCUGACCAUCGCGGCACGCGAGUGUUUAUACGUAGAUGAUGCGCGCGACAUGGGUGUAGCCAGGGGGGGGGUUUUAGGGGUUGAAACCCCCCCCCCUUAGCCCCAAAUCUUUAAUUAAUUUCUUAUUCAUCACUCAACAAAUUUCAUAUUAAAAUUAAUAAAAAUUUUACCAUUACAAUAUUUAAAUUUAAGAACCGAAAACUGCUAAAAUAGCACUAUUUUACACCUUAAAAUCCAAAUUUUCCCGGGGGAGGACCCCCGGACCCCCCCGCUUUAAUACGGGGGGGUACAUGCUUCUUCACACCCCCCAUACACAAAUCCUGGCUACGCCACUGGCGCGCGACCAGGAUAGGUUGCAAAGUGGUAUGUGCAGACUUAUACUGUGGCCGUUAUCAACGUGAAAGAUACAGCAGAUAGUCGCGGAGUUGCAAUGCUGCAACAGCUUAUGCAGAGAUUGACAUUAUGUAAAACAGCACGUACGAAUGAAUGUUCUAAAGUUAGUUGCAAUCUAACCUGUUGCAAAACAUCAAAGUCCCGAAAAGUAUGUAGGUCCGGUUAGAUAAAACAUACACGUUACAGUCACUAAUUAAACAGUUAUGACGUGGUUAGAUUACAUGUAGAAGUUACACAUUUAAAUUAGAUGAAAGUUAGAUACGUAGAUUAACGAGUUGGAACUCGACACACGAGGCUAGCUAGGAGCCUUUGACGAGAAUGAUUACUUGGCUUCGAAGCCUGAAAACUGCGUAAGACUCAUUUACGCUGUCCUUAAACUCUGGACAUGAAAAUUACGUAAUAAAUGCAAAACUCCCUGUUGGGAUAAAAUAAUUAGGUAACGAGUCGCACGAAAAGAUGUGCGACUGAGUGGGGUCGGCGCAGAGCUGAUUAAAGGAUUUGAAGAACUUACACUAUUGCUGAGACUUGGAUGAGGCGCGAAAUCUGAAGGCUAUGCGCGCAGCGACCGACCCCUGUGAGUCCCCGACGGCAACUGGUGCGAGAUCGCCCUGCGACCUCGCGCCGAGACACGUGAAGCGCGGGAAAACAGCUCCGACCAGUUUUGGACUUAAAAGACAUAUUUCACAAUAUAUUAUUAUUAUUGGACAAUUUGACAUAAUUUCCCUUGAAUUAAUUAUCUUUUGAUUGUUAUUAAUUUGGUUGUUUUUGAUUUAAAAGAAUAAUUUACUGAUUUAGUUUAGCGCAUUGCCACACCCGGCCAGGCGCUGUGAUCGACUCGGCGUUCGUCGCGGUGCACUUACACUCACUCGGCGGACAUCACGCUCGGGCGUGUUCGAUGCACUUAAGAGUAAGUGUUGUUGUGACAUAACGGCCUGUGCGAACCAGAGGGAGCACCGGCGGUUGGUGUCAAUAGUUUAUAUAAGCCUAAUACACUGGUUCUGACCCAAUCAAAACAUCACACAAAUUUUUUUGUGCAAUAGGCUAUUUAUAGUGAAAAACCGAAUUCCAUUAUAUGUAACCUAUGUAAUAAUACUAAUGGACACAAAAAGUACUAAAUUUUUAUAUUUAUCAUGUACAGUAGGUAAAAUGUUAAGUAAAGAAAAAUUGCAAAUAUAACUUCGUUAAUAAUUACGAAAAUGACAUUACUAAUCACAGAAACAAAUGUAAUAUUCUUAGACUUUAAAUAGUAGUUAUAUUAUAAGCAUAUCACGUCACGAACACACGAAUUUUAAAGUUUAUGUCACUCGUGUUGCAAUUUUUAAAUGCACUAAAAUGAACAUAUUUUUUAACCCAUAGCAUAUUAAUAUAUAAAUGUUUUUGUUUCCUUUAGAAAUAAAUUAAUUUUCAAUAAAUUAACCUACGAAUAUGUGAUACACCUCCCCAAAGUAUCACGUUGCGUUUUUUUUUUUUUUUUUUUUUUUUUUUACGUAUCAGUAGUGUGUCAGUGCAGCUGGACAGCCUAAGUUUCACCCCCAUAGAUCGACAUGCCCUUCGGGCUGGUUCGUACAUGUUCGGGUUUGUUUUUUAUUUUUUUUUAUCUGUACGUUCAAAACAAACAUUGCAUUAUUGAUCAAAAAAUUGUUGACUAAUGUUAUUUUAUAUUUUUUUAAGAGUAAAACAAAUUUACACAAAUAUUUCCUUGUUACUAAUUAUGAGAUUUUCAGGUAAGUUAUUGAGCUAUUUCUGUUUGAUUUGUUAGGAAAUUAGUUUUGUCCGUUUACAAGUUAACAUUGCUUGUGUUAUUCUUGGCAAGUAAUCAUUUCUUAUAUAAAUUUUUGUACACUAUAGGCUUAUCUUUUUAAAUUUUAGGUAGCGUGUGGAGAUUUCAUCUUAUGUUCAUGAGCGCACAACGUAUAAAAUCAUAAGAAAUGUUUUCUGUUGGUAUGUAGCAGUUAACCGCAUUUAAGUAAAAAUAUUUUAAAAUAAUUUUUACCAGAGCUGAAUUACAUUCAGGUGAGUGCACUUAAUAUAAUUUGGGGUAUUGCAGGAAAAAUUAUAAAUUCCUAAAGUGUUUUUUCUUCCUGACAUGUUUCAAAUUAUUAUUCUCUAUGAGGGUUGUUUGAUACUGCAAGUAGUUUAUCAUGUUUAACAUGUGGAUAGGUUAGGAUUAUUUAUUACAAAUCUGUAAUAUUGAGAUACUGCCCUUGGGUUAGCAGGAUUAAAAAUACAGUGAAAUUUGUUAGGUUAGUAACAUUAUACGUACAGUGAUUCUAAGUACAGUGGAAUUUACAUUUGGUUAGCUUCGGAUAGCGCCAAUUAAAAAUUCUGUAAAAUCAAUUGAACGGUUGGAUGUUACUAACUUAAUCUAACCAACCAAUAUACAUUUUACAGUGAUUUUUUAAUUUAUCAUCUCACGUUGCUGCUUUUUGUAUGCAAAAUAAACUUUGGACACUUUUUUUUUAAACUUUAAAUAUGUACCUGUAUUUACUCUGAAAAAAGUUUUUCUAAAUUCAGACUGGGUUUUGAGAAAUCACUGUUUAUAGGUUACAUUACAUUACCUGUGCAGUAAAGGGCCUGUCACCAUGUUGUUCUUUAAUUGAGUUGCAGAUCCUGUUUUUUAUUUAUACACAAAUUGUAUAUUUUUUAUUUGGAUAUUGCAAUGCAGAAACGUAAAUUAACACAUUAAAAAAGUUAUGUGACUCCUUAUUGUGCAUUCCAAACCCAAAGCAUCAGUCCUUGAGAGCGAUAUUUUUUAGCAGUUUAUAGGUGCAAAAUUCUGAUUUUUUACGUGAGACAACACAUAACCUGACAUAUAAAAUAAAUUUUCAUUUUGUAACAAAUGAUUCCUUUUAUAUGUCAGGUUACGUGCUAUUGCAGGUAACUAAUCUGCGCUUUGCGCCUCCAUACUGCUAUAAAAAAUCCCUGUCAAGGGUUGGCGUUUUGGUUUGGAUACACAUUAGAGACUCGUAACUUUUUUAAAACUAUUAUUUAUGUUUCAUUAGGUUAUAAUAUUCAAAUAAAAAAUAUAUACAUUCUUAUAUAUAUGGAAAACCACAGGAUCUGCAAUGCAAUUAGAGGGAAAAAUGGUGACAGCUGCUUCACUGCAUAAGCUAUCUAGUGUGACCUGCAAAAUGUGAUUUCUUGAAAACCAGUAGGAAUUAAGAAAAACUGUUUACAGUUUUAAUAGAGGAAGGUUUUUAGUGUCUGAAAAGGUAUUUUCAAAAUUUUAUAAUUUAAUUUAUGGAUAAGCAGCAACAAAAGAAAAUUACCUUUUUUUAAAUUUAGCUAACCAACCAUUCACAUGAUUUUACAAAUUUUUUAUUGUUUAUACUUACCUGCUUUAACAUUAAACUACUGUUAAACAAAUUAUUUCAAUUUUUUAAAAAUAUCUUUGGGAAUUAGCGCAGUAUAAUCGAAGACGUUUACUGUAUUGAUGAUUGAUUUACUUUAUUGAUGCACAACAAAGUUGUAUAAUUGUUGGAUUGGUUAAGCAAAUUUUAAGCAUCAAGGGUACUGAUCAAUGGUUUUUAACAUUAUAUUUUCUUAAUGAGUCCAUUGGUAAAACGUUAAAACACUGGAAUGGCUAAAUUUCCAUCGACUGCUUAUGUUUUUUUCCGCAUGCUCACUUGAAAACAAUUACAGGGUUAUACUGUAGUUCACAGUUGCAAUACUUGGUUAGGUUAGUUACAUAAGUGCUGUUAAAUCAUGAAAAUGGUUAGGGAAAGGUAACUUCUUCAUAACUACUGUAAAAUGGUGUAAGCAAUUAUUCUUUAGGUAAGUUUUACCUAGACUUUAAAAAUAAUUUAUUUGGCGAAGUACAUAGUACUAAGAAUUACUAUUUAUCAAAUUUGGUUUGUGUGGAAAAGUUGUUACUCUAGGAAAUUUCUGAAUCCAUCUUUGUAGGAAUAUAAACUAAUAUUAUUAGAAACAAAAAAAAACAAUGUGUGGUAUAUUUUAAUUUUCUAACACCCUCUGAACUCUGCAGUUAUGCGAUUACCGAUAAUAAUUGUAAAUCAUUGCAAUAUACAUCCGACACAUUUUGUAGUGAUUUCACAACUGUACUAUGAAGUAAUGCCAUCGACUGCUGCAAAAUAACAUGCUGACAUCUAUUCUCGUGUAGGCAUUUUGUUGAUACGACUAAAAUAUGACCAUAUAGGAUGGAUAUAUAUAUAUAUAUAUAUAUAUAUAUAUAUAUAUAUAUAGAAUCUUACAAAUUUUGAUAACCUACCUACUAAUACUCUCCCCAAAGACUUUGGUUAGAUGCUUAAUAAUAAUAAUAAUAAUAAUAAUAAUAAUAAUAAUAAAAACCUGCUUAUGUGACAUGCAUUACGUGAAAUUAAUUCAACUUGUAAACAUUUUGCUUGAGUCAAAGCCUAGAUUUGCUUAAGCUAAUAACAAGCAAAUACUUCACUCGAGGCCCUGAGAAACAUACUUCUGAAAUUGUGUAGUUACUUGGAUUGUUAAAUACCUAGUUUUUCUGCAAUAAUGGGCACAAGAGCAAUAGAAUUAUGUUUUUCAUAUAAUUUUUUUCACAUAAAUGAGUUUUUGUCAAAAAGUAUUUGGAAAAAAAUAUCUGUUUGAAAGGACAAAGAAAAAUGUUAAUUGUAGUACAUAAAUGAGAAUUUACCAAAAUAUUGAAAGUAUCAAAUUUCUAACUAAAAUGGUUUUGAAAUUAAUUUAUCAUUCUCGUAUGCAUAACUUUUUUCUUUGAUACAUUUAUUUAUCAGUUUCAUUUCUCUUUAGUACAAUAUCUAUCAUUUAACUUUGAUUUCUUUUUUGUUUCAGGCUUGUGGAGAACAGCUUUUUUUUAUCUACUGUUUGGCUGGCCAAUGUAAAUAAACAAUGAUUUCAUGAAUGCAGCGAGAGAGUUUAUUUGAUGUGUUUUAAAAUCACUGAUAAUAUUUAUUGAUGUAUUUUAAAAUCACUGAUAAUAUUUAUUGAUGUAUUUUAAAAUUACUGAUAAUAUUUGUUUUGUGGCUGUAAGAUGGUAACCAUGGUGACUUGUGAAUUUUUAUGAAGAUUAAUAAAAAGCAGUAAAAAUUAUUAAUGGUUGUCAGAAGGAAUUUUUUUUUCAAUAAUCAAUCAAUCAUCUACACUCUACAGUAACAAUUUUCCUUAACUCAAAUAAUAUUUCAAUACAUAUCUUAUAAAGUAUUCAUAUAUGUACAAUAUAGACCAAUUUUGAGCUAGUCUGAUAUCAGUAUAUUAGUUAUUAUGAACAUAUACUAUCAGAACUACCAUUUGCAUAUAGUGCACAUACAUACAUAACACUAGCCAACAACCAUUAAAAAAAACACUAUACACUUACAUAAAAAAAAACAAAUCAUAGACAAGUACAGAUUAUUCACUAUUAUAUUCUAGAGCCAAUUCCAAUAAGUGUAUUAUCAAUAAAAGAAAAUAAUUUUUUUUAAAUAAUAUUUCGAUAUGAAGGAAAAUCUGUAUUCUGAAGUUCUUGUAUAUGUUUGGUAUCAAUCAAUGUAAAUUAAUCAAUCUUUGAUAAAAAAAAAUCCCAAAAAUGAUUAGUAAAAAAAAAAUUAUUGCCUACCAGCUCUGGGUUUUGCAUGAAGGUUCAACUUCUCUGACUUCUGAGAUUACAGACAAGAUUUUAAUUAAUAAUACUAUUGGCUUCAUUACUAGAUUAUCUUUCAACCUAUAAUUUAUUAUUUGAAUCAGUUCAUUGAACUGAAAUAUUUGCAGCAAUUUCUUUAAAUGUUUAUGAACUUGGAUUAUUUAAAAUACAAAUGUAGGUAGGCUUACUAGACCUUUAAUGCCAUAAGAUUGUAAUCACAUAGGCCUAAUUUCACAUUUACAACUUAAGUCUUGGAGCUGAUUUACAUUAAUAUUUGUGCUAGACUUUUAAAUUCUUAUAAUUUUAUUUUCUGCAAUGUUCCAAAGAGCAUUGCUCUAUUUUGGAAUAAAACAAUUUAAUCUGACAGUUUGUUACAACACUAUUCUUCAUAAAACAAUGCACAUUAGCCUGUAUAAUAUGAAUUAGAUCUAACAUAAGAACUACAAACUGCACAUUUGCACUUAAAAUAUUCAUCAAACCGUUAGGGAAAGAGAUUAAACAUAACAUUUAACUCUUAAAUUGCCAUACUUCAUUUUAGUUAUCACACUUAUGCUUGUAUGUGAACGGGAUCAGAAAUUAGCACUGCAAAUGCACUUUUAACACUAAUAAUUAAUUAAAUCAAACACAAAUGAUAUCAGUAAUAUCAUACUUCAUUUUUGGUGUUACAGUAAGCUUCCAUAAAUGUUUCUUUUUCUCAGAACAUACAUCAGAAAACUUUUCUUGAAUUUAAACAUUACAAUAAAUUUUUAAAUACCUAAUGAUUUGUUACAUAGCAAACCUUCAAAAUAUGAUAUACUUCCAAUUUUUGGAUAAACAGCAUUGAAGUUUUGCAUUGUUUGCCAUGGAAAACUAUGGAAAUAAAUAAACAAAUAAAUAAUUAAAAACUUAAAGACACAACUGAAUCAGCUGUAGUUGAACAUACAGAACCAGCGAGGAGAAUAAAAAUAUAAUAUGUUAAUAUGUUCACUAAAGGUAUGCAAUGGAUGGAGGAUGCCCUACAUUAAUAAUAAUUAGUAACAGAGAACAAAGCAAAUUUGUAGAGAAGAGACUUUUAACAGUAGUAGAAUAAUAAAAUUCCGAAAAGGGCUGUUUCAAAAAUUGCAAACAUUCCUACACAUAAGAAGCCCUUAAUCUCAAAGACUUCAUUCAGUAUACUGGUCAUUACCUGCUGCUUAAGAUCUGUAAAGGUAAGGUAAUUAAAUUAAUGGUGGAAAAGGUAAUAAGCAUUAGGUUUGUGGUCUUAUAAAUGUGGUCAUUAGAGGCAAACAUUAGGUCUCUGUUUUUAAGUGCUCACUUUUCUGUCACCAAAGUGAUCUGGGUUUGAUUCUCAGCAGGGUCAUUAAUGGAUCUUUUGAUAGUGGGGAACAUAGCAAACAUUGCAGUGGUUAGUUGGUUUUCUCAGAGUUCUUACGUUACUUCACCCAUCCAUUCUGUCAUAUCAUUAGCAUUUUAUAGCCAUUCAUUUUUUUGUAAUGAUCUAGAGGUCACCAAGCUGAAAGCUCAAUUAAUUUCCUUCAUUGACAGAUAUAAGGGUUGAGGAUUUGAAGCAAGCAAGAUAAACAUUUUAAUGUUGCUUGCUUCGUCUUCUAUAGAAAAUUUAAAUCUAAUAUUUUGAAUUGCUCCUGUGCUGCACUACUUCUAACAGAACGAGUAACCUGCACUUUUUAAGGCAUCAAAGAAAUUGUUAUAACCGAUUUCACUGUCUACAUAUCCCGGAAUAGUGUUAUCUUUAUCACUUUUGGUACAAUUUUGCAAUUUAUCUCUUGCUAGAUCAAAAAACGAUAUCAUUGUUCACGUUCAAAAGCUGUAGCUAUAGCCCGCGCUUUUCUACUACCGAAGUUACCCGAUCGAGCGACGUACUUCGGAACUGUUCGUGCAUGUCGAUCUAUGGGGGUGAAACUUAGGCUGUCCCAGUGCAGCUAAGGGAAUGACUCCAAGGUCGAUAGGUCGAUAGCCGCCCGCACGGAUAUCGAGGAGAGUAUAUUAAAGGUGGGUUUACGAUUGAAAAUUAAGAAUUAAGAAUUAAGACUUAGUCGUGUACUUACCAUAUGACUCUAUGUAAACUAGUGAAAUGGUUUAUGAUUGUCGUGUGUGAAUUUUGACGGGUCGUGUGCGAACCAUAUGAUUACUUAAGACUUAACAGAAAUGGUUAUAUUUUAUAUUUUUCGUUAAUACUUAAAGCUGGGUUUACGAUUGAUUUCCUUAAGAAUUAUAAAUAACUUAACAUCGAGCACACGAUUAAGUCAAAACUAUAUUUUCCAGUUUAUGAUUGACAUAGAAGUCGUUAAUUCUAACCAAUCACAGCACAAAACACAUGGUUGGCCAUUGUUCGAAACGGAGAAGCAGGUUUGAAAUAGGUUAUUGACAAAUGGGAUAUCUAUUUUUCGAAAUGGAUGAUGAUUACAAAUGACAAAUAUACGAAUUCUAACCCAAAAUACUGCCUCGCUCGGUCCAAUAAUAAGACAUCAACUUCCGGUUGAAAGGUUCCGGUUUGUUGUGAUUGGUCGCUUCCCUUAAGUCUUAACGAAAUAUAUAAAAUAUAACCAUUUCUGUUAAGUCUUAAGUCAUCAUAUGGUUCGCAUACGACCCGUCAACCAAUCAUAAACCAUUCCACUAGUUUACAUAGAGUCAUGUGGUAAGUACACGACUAAGUCUUAAGUCUUAAUUCUUAAUUUUCAAUCGUAAACCCACCUUUUUAGUCUUAAGUCUUAAUUCUUAAUUUUCAAUCGUAAACCCACCUUAACCAUAGUUACAGUAGGCUAUAUCUGAUGGUAUUUCAUAGAAAACUUUAAACUAUUAAUUAAACUAAAAAUACAAGUGCAGAAUUGAAACACAUAACUAAGGUUAAUUCUACUACAGGUUAGGAAGAAAACGGGUUUUCUUAUGGGCGAGUUUGGCACAGGGAAAAAUUCUGCCGCUAGGUGCGCUGGCGUAGCGAAAGGGUAACACUUUACACACUGCCAUUGAGGGUGAACGUGAGAAAACCGCAUUGAAGUAAAAUAAAAUAGUCGGUAUGGUAUUUAGUUAUGUGCUUUUUGUUUGCAAGAAUUAUAUUGAACAAGUCUUCCGUUAAGAACGUGUAAAUUUCACAACUUUGUGCCUUUUGGGCACGUAAAUAAAAGCUAUACUGCGUUUAUGUUUCGCCGCGAGCAAUCUGCAUAUGAAGGUAAGCAAAUAUUUGAGGUAAGUUAUGUCUGGAUGAAAAAAGAUGUGCUUGUUUGUGUUUUUAUCGGUUUGAUAUCACAGUAACUAUACUAUUUAGUUUGUGAAUGUUGUUGAUUCUCGGAUUAAUGGAAAUUAGGCGAAUAAUAACUAAAGUGAAGUUGAGGUCAUGACCUCACUUUACCUUACUUCACUUUACCUGCAGGUAAGCUUUGUACUUCAAUUACAGAUUUACUUGUUAAUAUAGCAAGCAUAACAUAAACAACCUUUCGCUUGGUUAUUAUUCGACUGAUUUCUCGGGAUAUGCGACAGUCUUUCCAAGCUUAACGUAAAUUUUAUUCAUGCCACUAAUACAAUUUACAUACCAUAUUCCAUUAUCAGUUACAGCAAGUCCGAAUUUAAAAUUUACGGACACAAAACAUUGGUGAUUUACUAAGAUAUUUAAGAGAAAAAUAAUUGUUUUUUCAACUUUUCAUCGCUUCACUGUGAAAUUUGGUUUUCAAAACUAUGAGUGUAGUGAGCUUGUAUGGUGCACCCAUCUACUUGCAGCAUUUGUGCUUGUUUAGAAAUUUGAAAUAGGGAUAAAAUGUGGUAGGUAAAUGGUUGUUCCUUUUGUGCUUAAUCUUCAAGCACUAUGUGAAGCAAAAAUUAAAUAAUUAGAUCAAUGCUAUUGGAUGUGUAGUUUAAAGGGGCGGUUCUUAACUAAACGAUUUUACUAUUUUUUUUUGUAGUUAGCCUAACUCACUGACUAUUUUAAUAUCUCAAUCGUUGUAAUGUAACUAACCUAACCAACUGUCCACACCCACUAUUUAAGUAUUUUAAACGCAGCUUACUAAAUAUAACCUAACCAACCAUUUUCACAGUAUCAAAAUUAUUGACAUAUUUUUUAAAAAUUAUGUUAUUGUAGUAUACUGUUUUAACAUGUAGAAACGUUAGGUUAGCUACAUUAAAAUUACUGUGAAAUGGAGUGAAUGAUUGGUUAGGUUAGUUUUAUGUGUAUGUUGCAGAACUAUUAGUUAUUAAAAUGGAAACGGGACAAACAAAAUAAUUCAAAUUUUCAACCACAUGGUUGCCUUCAUAAGAGUGGAGAAUACACCAUGUAGAUAUGUGUAAAGGUUUUAAGUUGGAUUUUUUAUAUUUAAUUUACUUAUUUAUUAUGCUGUAAGUGAUGGCCUCAAUUUAAUUAUUUGUUUAUUAAAUUGAAAUCUCAUUGCAAAGUACCACACUUAAUUAAAACAUAUAUUCUAUAUCCAUGUAAUAUGUUUUAAAAUUGUGAACUUUUAUAAUGAAGUACCAAAGCUGUAUUUUUUAUGUUUCAAUGGAAUUUCACUGAAGUCAAAACAUAUGUUUUAGAGAAGUAAUAUAAGCAAUUGUAACUAUCACGUUUUAAAAUUACUAGCUGAUUGUUUUUAAAUAUAUCAAAUUGUGCUGGAAAAAUCAGUGAAAUAAUAUGUGUAUUUGUAUUACUAAGCCUGCACUAGAAUUAAUUUGUCCCUUGGCAUGUAGUGUCUCUUGCUCCUGCCCUCUCUGUCGUCACCAGGUGCUCAGAGGCAGGGAAUGCUACAAUUGAUAUGUCCAUAAAUUUGUCCCUAUUUUUCAUUUUCAACACUGAUUACUUUCCUGCAUUUCAUAACAUUUUUUUCUGAGGUCUAAAAUAUAGUUAUUGAAAAUUUUAUAAGGCAAAAAAAUUAAAUUCCAAUUGCAAUAUUGAACUUUUCCUAUAGACAUCACAUAAGGAUUAGUUAAUUAGCUAUUAUUUGCUUUAAAAAAUCAGCAAUGAAUGUUUUUUUUAAAUAAUACAUACCUCCAAUAUGUUUUGGUUGACCUUUGAUGUGAGAAGGUAACGAAAGCCAAUAGAAUUAAGUGUAUGUGACAACUCAAUGAUUGAUGUUAUCAUUACUCUUAUUCCACAGGCUGUUGAUGGUGAAAGAAACAAUUCUGGCUGAUAUUUGGUGGAUAAUUCCCAUGUGUCAAUAUACUCCAAGAAACCAAGAAGUGUCUACAUAAGAAAUAAUCAUUAAGUAUUUUUCAUGUUCCAAUACAGGAAAAUCUUUAUUUUUAAGUGCAGAUUAUGAAUAGAAGCAAAUAUUUCUUUUAAUGUUAAAUUAUUACUGUAUUGUUUUUAUAUCAGUUAUUAUAAAAAUUAACUAAACAAAUAAUUCUGAGUAGCCUAUUUGUUAUGUACAGACAUAAUAUUGAAAUAUUUCAAAAUUUAGAGUUUUACCUUUUCAUCAUCUGAUCCAACAGUCAGGCCUUUCCAUGGUUUGUUGUUGUCUAGUAUGGAAUAAACUUGUGCAACUUUUUCUAUGUAAUUUACGGUGCCAGAAAUAUUUUCUAUACCAGGCUUGUUACUGUAAAACUUCAAAGCUGCAGCUGUUUUCAUUGUGAAAAGCUACAAGCAUGAAAAUUUCAUUAUAAUUUUUACAGCAAUAAGAAAUUAUUUUUUUUUAAGGUGAGUUUCAUGUAAGUUUCUAACCAGUUUUAAUCAUGUAAUUACCCUCAAUGUAUUGUGUUUGUGUGAUAAGUAAAUUAAAUUAUUAAGCUAGGUUGUUUGUAUAAAAAAAUGUUAAAUAUAAAACUAUACUGGUGACAUACAAUUUAUUAAUUUUUUUAGUUCUUAAAUAUAAUGUUUUCAUCAGUGAUUAUUGGAUUAUUUCAGUUAAUGCAUAUGCCCAAUACAAAUAACUUAAUAAUUUAACGUCUGGUGUAGCCUAGUAAGUUGAAUUUUAAUUUGUAGUAGUAUCAAAAUAAUUAAAGUAAAACUUUUGUUGUCUCCCCAUGUUACAAAUAUAAAUAAUUAAUGGUAAAAAAUAAACUGUCUAUAAAAUUA